AUGGCGCCCCAAGACGGAGCAGCGGCUGCUGCUCAACAGCGGCGACAGCAAUACCCUGCACAAGAUGGGACCGCCACAAAGCCUCACGCAAUUCAGACAGGACAGACACUCCAGACAUCAUGCAAUACUAGCAAAUCGGACUCGCUUACCGCCAACUCGUAUACCCCCAGCUCGCCUCGUCAAAUACCCAGCGACUUCUCGCCCGCCGCCAUCCUCGAGGAGGGCGCUGAUUCGGAAGACUCGCCUACAGAGCCCCUCACGCCGACCAGCAGUCACUCGCCGCAGUUCACCACCGUGAAGCAGACGCAGACUGGCAACUAUACUCCUUCAUUCGACUACUCGAGACCUCAGCAGCAGGACUCGCUGCUCCCACCAAGGGCGUCGGCCGACCAAAGUAGCAUUUGGCGCCCCUCUGAAGACGAACAGGCACAGCAGCCACCGCAGCAGGAUUCGAACGAGUUCAAGCCUCCGUCUCUCUCGCGACGAUCGACCCGUAAUUCGACGGCCAGCUUCAGACGCACAAUGACAGGUCUUUUCCGUCGGUCCAAUUCCAGCCUUGCUGCUGGAGAGCAGCAGAACAACGUCAAUGUUGCCUCACCACCGACGUCAAACCCUCAGCCGCGCGCAAGCCAAUCGCAAGAGGAUCCCGCGAGAAGGAAUGCCGUUCCUGUCGCGAGUCGCCCACCGCCGAUCAGCAACGGCAUGGCAAAACCAAAUCGCCGGUUCUCCUUCCACAGUGCCAAAGAUUUCGAGAACAAAAGGAAGAACCGCUCGUCGACAGGGUUGUCCCUCCGCGGCAAAACAAUAAACUUCCUGACUCCGAACACACCCAACGGGCAUGGAAAUGGGGCGCCUCGGUCUUCCCGCCCGCGGUCACGCCGUGCCAGCAGCUUUGACUCUGAGCGCGCCAACUCACGGACGCGAUCGCCGCACACGACCCAUCACGCGGACCACAACGCCUACUCCGCCGAGCGUCAGGCAUUCGCACUAGCACCGGAUGCUGGCACCGGCACCAAGGCUCGGCGGAUGAGCCUGAGCCUUCCCGACGAGUUCAUGGUGGACGUAGCUGAGCUCACUGAUGAGUUUGAGUACCAGUCCAAAUUCCUUGGCCGUCAUGGCAAGCAUAUCGGCAAGGGCGUCGCUUCCAAGGUCACUUUGAUGAUGCGCAAGGGUUGUCCGGAGGAGCUUUACGCUGUCAAGGAGUUCCGUGGCAAAUCUAGCAGCGAAACCCAAGACUAUUACGAUAAAAAGGUCAAGUCCGAGUUUAGCCUGGCCAAGAGUCUUCACCACCCCAAUAUUGUCGAAACCUUCCGCCUCUGCAAAAACCACUCGCGCUGGAACCACGUCAUGGAAUACUGCUCCGAGGGCGAUUUGUUCGGAUUAGUGCAAAAAGGCUUUUUCCUCGGCGAUAACAAGCGGAAAGACCGCAACUGCAUCUUCAAGCAGUUGGUUCAGGGGGUGCACUAUUUGCACUCUCACGGCAUCGCCCAUCGCGAUAUCAAGCUCGACAACUUGCUUCUCACAGCGGACAGCAAGCUCAAGAUCACGGAUUUUGGUGUUUCCGAGGUCUUUUCUGGUACCCACCCGGGACUCCGCGAAGCUGGGGGCCAAUGUGGCCAACACAUGGAUGAUGAGGUCCGGCUGUGUUCCCCUGGUAUCUGCGGAUCCUUGCCCUACAUCGCACCCGAAGUCAUCGCCAAGAAGGACAAGUACGACCCUCGCGGCCUUGAUGUGUGGAGUAGUGGGGUGGUUCUGAUCUACCUGACGUUUGGUGGUGCCAUUUGGGAGAAGGCCGCCCCCGGAUAUGGUCAAUACGAUGAUCUCGUCAAGGGCUGGCAGAAGUGGGAGUCGAAGCAUGAGCCUGGGGCUACCAUGACAGACACCGAUUAUCCUCACCAGAAGGCCUUUGAUAUUGGCAUUACUCCACCUGCACUUCGCCGUCUAUUGUUGCGGAUGCUGCACCCUGAUCCGGCCAAACGAAUCAACAUUAAUGAUGUGAUUAGUAACCGGUGGAUGAAGGGGGUCGAGUGCUGCCAAGUGGAGUCUUACGACGACCCCUGCUUGCUCAUUGACGCGACCAAAGCAAGUUCGUGGAACGGCAGCAAGAAAGUGUUCUGCCACAGCCAUCUGCCUCCUAAGAGCCAGGGGCAUUCCUUGGGCAAGAUGCCCGGCCAGCCAGGAUAUUAG